GGGCGCCAGGAAAAACGCGCGCAAGAGAACAAAGCCGCGGCUCCAGCCUCCAGCCCUCCCUUCCUCCCUCCCUCCCAGGUGAGCGAGUCGAGUCGUCGGUCGCUCCAGCCCCAUCGUCCUCGUCCACACAAGCUGCUGCUAGCAGCCCGCUUCAUUAGCUUCCCCGUCCGCCCUCGAGUACUCGUAUGCGGCGGCGCCACGCCACUGGCUCUCGCUGCUGCUAGAUCGAGGAGGAGGGAGGAGGGAGGAGGGAGGAGAUCGACAUGGCGAGCGCGGGAGGUGGGGCUGCGGGGGAAGGGGAGUGGCUCAAGGUCGCCGAGCUCAGGGCCGUGGUCCAGGCGCAGGACCCCCGCGCCAAGGAGGUGGACAACCUGACGCUGCGGAGGUUCCUGCGCGCGCGCGACCACAGCGUGGACAAGGCCGCCGCCAUGUUCAUCAAGUUCCUCAAGUGGCGUAGGGAGGCGGUGCCCGACGGCUUCGUGCCGGAGGAGCGGGUGCGGAGGGAGCUCGCGCAGGAUAAGGCCUGGAUGGGCGGCGUCGACAGGGCCGGCCGCCCCAUCCUCGUCGGCUUCCUGGCAAGGCACUACUCCGCCGAACGCGACAUGGCAGAGUACAAGAGUUUUGUUGUCUACUUCUUCGACAAGAUCUGUGCCAGGAUCCCCAGAGGUCAGGAGAAGUUCCUGGCCAUCAUCGAUCUUAAGGGCUGGGGGUACGCGAACUGCGACGUCAGGGCGUACAUUGCUUCCAUAGAGAUUAUGCAGAACUACUACCCGGAGCGGCUCGGCAAGGCGCUGAUGAUCAAUGUGCCCUACAUCUUCAUGAAGGUGUGGAAGACGAUGAUCUACCCGUUCAUCGACACCAACACCAGGGACAAGUUCGUUUUCGUGGAGGACAAGGACCAGCACGAGACGCUGCGCAAGGAGAUCGACGAGAGCCAGCUCCCGGAGUUCCUUGGCGGGAAGAUGCCUCUGGUCUCCCUCAAGGACUAUGUCCAGCAGCCUGAAUCCGUUUAGGCGCACACGUCGGUAAUAAUCUCCAUUAGCGGUUUGGUGCGCAAAGGAUGAACCUCUCUCUGGGUACAGAAGGGAGGAAGAUGGCCUCUAACUACUAGCCCUGCAACUGCAAUGCAACAAUGGCGUACCUGUAAAGUGCGGCUCUGACUGCUAGCGUUGUGUACAGCUGCUCCAAUCAGCGUUGACCGAGGUCAGUGAUCAGCAUAACUGCAGCUGACAUUGUCUGUACCCUAUGGCUGGGCGCCUGGGCUAUAAGAAAAUGAAAUGAAACUAUCAGGGGUGUUUGGGAGGAGGGGACUAAAUUUUAGCUCCCGUCA